AUGAGUAGGGUAUCAGGCCACCAGGUCCUGCUCCUACUGCUGCUGGGAGCUGCCAGGACCCGGGAAACCACAGCCUGCGGGCAGCCCCGCGUGUCCAGCCGGAUCGUGGGGGGCCGGGACGCCCGGGACGGAGAGUGGCCGUGGCAGGCGAGCAUCCAGCACCGCGGGGCGCACGUGUGCGGGGGCUCGCUGGUCGCCCCGCAGUGGGUGCUGACGGCGGCGCACUGCUUCGCCAGGCGGGCGCUGCCGUCCGAGUACCGCGUGCGCCUGGGAGCACUGAGCCUGGGCCCCACCGAGCCCCGCGCGCUCUCGGCGCCCGUGCGCCGCGUGCUGCGGCCCCCGGACUACUCCGAGGACGCGGCCCGCGGCGACCUGGCGCUGCUGCAGCUGCGCCAUCCCGUGGUCCUGGGCACCCGAGUCCAGCCCGUCUGCCUGCCCGCGCCCGGCGCUCGCCCGCCUUUCGGCACCGCGUGCUGGGUCACCGGCUGGGGCAGCCUGCGGCCUGGAGUUCCACUUCCGGAGUGGCGACCCCUGCAGGGAGUCAGGGUGCCAUUGCUGGACGCGCGCGCGUGUGACCGCCUCUACCACGUGGGCACCAGUGUGCCACGCGAGGAGCGCAUCGUACAACCCGGGAACCUGUGCGCCGGAUACGUGCAGGGCCGCAAGGAUGCCUGCCAGGGGGACUCCGGGGGACCCCUGACCUGCUUGCAGAGUGGGCGCUGGGUCCUGGUGGGCGUGGUGAGCUGGGGCAAGGGCUGUGCCCUGCCCAACCGGCCAGGCGUCUACACCAAUGUGGCCACUUACAGCCCCUGGAUUCUGGCUCGCCUCAGGCUCUGA